CGAUUUAACAGCAGACAGACACUCAGGGAACGAGUGCAGUGAAGAGGACUUGACACACCAGAACAGCGGAGUACUGUCGCUCGUGGAUCAUUGUUUUUAACCGGACUGUGAAAGUGUCUACAGCUCACUGUAAUUAAAGAAUCAACGGAUCCAGGAGACUAUUAAAAGCUGCUGUGGUCGAUUGACUAUAUUUUAAAUUCACAGCGUUCAGAAAUGGGACUCCUGUUCGCCAAACUGAUGACUCUGUUCGGAGACAGAGAACACAAAGUGAUUAUUGUGGGUUUGGACAACGCUGGAAAGACCACCAUCCUCUACCAAUUUUUAACGAAAGAAGCAGUACAAACGUCUCCCACAAUUGGAAGCAACGUAGAGGAAAUCGCCAUAAAGAAGACACGCUUUCUUGUCUGGGAUAUUGGAGGGCAGGAGAGUCUCAGAGCUACCUGGAACUCCUAUUACACGAAUACAGAGAUUAUCAUCCUGGUGGUUGACAGCACUGAUCGAGAACGCCUGACUGUAACUAAAGAGGAGCUUCAUCGCAUGCUGGCACACGAGGAUCUCCAGAAUGCAUCAGUGCUGGUUUUGGCAAAUAAACAGGACAUGGAGGACAGUAUGACUGCAGCAGAAAUCUCUCAGAGUCUAACCCUCAGUUCACUCACCGCUCGAUCCUGGCAUGUGCAGGCCUGCUGCGCGCUCACCGGGGAAGGUUUACCAGCCAGUCUAGACUGGAUGCGCUCCCGUGUCGUGGCGAAUUAGUCCAUCAGCAGCGCUUUCUUCAACCUCUGGAGCUGUUAAACGAGAGAUCAGGCCUGAUUUGACUUUUAUUAAUCUGUCUCUCAGUGAAAUGGAGUAAUCUGAAGGAACAAACAAACUCUGGAGACCUGAAUGGACUCUCUGCGCGUGUGUGUGUGUGUGUGUGUGUGUGAGAGAGAGAGAAUGUGUAUGUGUGUAUACACGUUUGUGUUCGUACAAUAUGUGACUCCGUUCUAGAGGUCCACAUGUUUACAUUAUACUGACGCCUGAAAUGAUCGUGUGAAAUGAUCAUGAUGUGUUGGUGCCACUGUAUUGGCUGUGCUGACGACCAGGAGCCAUUGUCUGCCGAGAGGCUUUGUGAUGAGCCCACUAAGCUAUUGAACAAACAUUACUUGAAGUAUUUAAAGUGAACUGAUGAUUUGUGUGUUGCGCAUGCUGUAUGGAGCCUAGUGUUCAAGUAUUUUAUUUUUGAAAGUAGACCGGAUAUUCAUAUGUUUUCUUAUAUAAAUUUUGUACAAAACCAUUGUGUACAAAUGAAAAACUUA